AUCAUAAAUCUGGUUUGCAAAAUGCUUUGCCAACCUCAGAGAAGAAACUCCUUUGCUAAUGGCUGACUGGGAUGAAUGUCUGAAACUGAUUGCUAUGUCAGCACCUGAGACUGAACCUUAUAUGUCUUUUGGCUGGCUUUGUGGUGGAAUAAUCGAGCAUGCCUCUGGGAAGAAAUUUCAGGAGAUCCUUGAAGAAGCAAUAGUUCGACCUCUCAACAUUGAAGGCGAGCUAUAUGCUGGAAUUCCUCCAGGUGCGGAAUCUCGACUUGCGUCUCUGACAUUAGAUGAAGAAGAUUUUAGCAAGCUCUCAAAAAUUGCUAGUCGUCCUGAGCUUCCCUCCACCUUCCAGCCAGAGAACAUUUCCCAACUAGUAACUGCAGUGCCUGCUUUGUUUAACAUGCUGAACGUUCGUCGCGCCAUUAUACCAGGUGCUGACGGACAUUGCUCAGCUCGUGCUGUUGCACACUACUAUGCAGCUCUUGUUGAUGGAGGCCUGGUCCCACCACCUCAUUCCUCUUUGUCCAAGCCACCCCUUGGUACCCACCCACACAUUCUCAAAUUUCCUUCAGAGAUUACCUCCGAAAGCAGAAAGGUAAAAAGAGUAAGGCAGCGGAUUCUGCUUCAAAGAAAAAAGGAAAUGGUUAUGAGCUCAAGAUGAAUUACAGUAAAGAUUUCAAGGAUGGUGGAGAAGUAACAGUGAUGGGUAUACCAGGCUUGCUAAUGAUAGCGCUGGUGGCAGCAGCAGUGAUGCUAGUCCACCCAAAGGCUUUGCAGCCAGUGAAAACUCUCGCCAAAAUAAUGCCAUCAGGAUUUUUAAUAACCCAAGAAUUCAUGAUGAGUUCAUGGGCGUGGGUGAGUACAGGAAUCUAGUACUGCCAAA